AUGGACGGGCUUGACAUCCCGCCAGUCACAAAGGCCUACCUCGUCGGGGCAGUGGGGACCAGCGUCGCCGUCCAAUGCGGCUUCGUGACGCCGCUCCAGCUCUACUUCACCUGGCGCACCGCCGUCGACCACGGCCAGCUGUGGCGCUUCGUCACCUGCUUCCUCUACUGGGGCCCGCUCGGCCUCGACUUCUUCUUCCACCUCUUCUUCUUCAUGCGCUACUCCAAGAUGCUCGAAGAGUCGGCCUUUCACGGCCGCAGGGCCGACUACGUGUGGCUCCUCGUCGUCAGCUGCACGCUCCUCCUCAUCCUCAGCCCGCUGUCCACCUCGCCGUUCCUCUCCUCGCCCCUCUCCUUCACCCUCGUCUACCUCUGGUCGCGCCUCAACCCGCUCGUGCGUCUCUCGCUCUUCGGCGUCAUCACCAUCACGGCGCCGUACCUCCCCUACGCCCUGUGCCUCUUUGCCUGGGCCCUCUCGGGCGGCGGCGGACCGGGCUCGGGGCGCGGAUGGGGACUGGGCGUCAUCGUCAGCGACUUGCUCGGGAUCGCGGCGGGCCAUUGGUGGUACUUCUGGACCGAGAUCUGGAAGAGGGAGAGGGCGUCGGGCGGGCGCAACUGGCUCGAGACGCCGCGCAUCCUCGUCAAACUCCUCGACCCGCCCGCACGCCUUGAGGAGCUCGAGGCGGCCGACCGCGCGCGCGCGGACCUCGUGCGGCAGUACGAGGCGGACCGGGCGGCUGGGGCGCUCACGGGCGCGAGGGUGGCGGCGGCUGGGCACGGGCAGGGGCAGGGGCGUGGUGGUGGGUGA